CCCAAGUCGAAGGUUUCUCCCUUGUCCUUGGAGUUGCUCUCAGUGCCUCUCUUGGGGUUGGAGAGAGAGAGAGAGAGAGAGAGAGAGAGAGAUGGGAGGGAGUGGAGAGAAUUCGACUGCUGAUGGGAUGCAGGGGAGAUCUAUGGAGGAGGGAAACACUGGGUUUCCGAGAGACGAGGAGCGUUCUAUUCCACACCCCGGCUGUGGAAAUUCUGACGAAGGCUGUGCCUUUGGUCUCUCUGUUCCUUUCUUCCAAAAGAUCAUGGCUGAAGUGUUUUCGACCUACUUCGUGAUAUUCGCCGGCUGUGGCUCAGUGACGGUGAAUCUAAGCAAGGGCAGUGUUACAUUCCCUGGCGUAUGCAUUGUGUGGGGGCUGGUGGUCAUGGUCAUGGUGUACUCCGUCGGUCACAUCUCCGGUGCUCAUUUCAAUCCUGCCGUCACCAUUGCCUUCGCUACAUGCCGGAGGUUUCCAUGGAAGCAGGUGCCGGUAUACGUAUCAGCUCAGUUGUUGGGAGCCAUCCUUGCAAGCGGUACGCUGCGGCUGCUGUUUGGAGGGAAACGUGAGCUCUUUGCAGGAACAAUUCCGACUGGCUCGGAUGUGCAGUCCCUGGUGCUCGAGUUCAUCAUCUCCUUCUUACUCAUGUUUGUGAUAUCUGGUGUGGCCACCGACAACAGAGCGAUUGGAGAAUUGGCAGGGAUAGCAGUUGGAGCUACCGUCCUACUAAAUGUGCUAAUUGCCGGCCCAAUAUCAGGAGCAUCGAUGAACCCAGCGAGGAGCCUAGGCCCAGCAAUUGUGGGUAACCGGUACCGGGGUAUUUGGUUGUACAUAGUUGGGCCUAUCUGUGGCGCAGUUGCAGGAGCAUGGGCCUACAACCUCAUCCGCUUCACCAACAAGCCCCUGCGCGAGAUCACCAAGAGCACCUCAUUCCUUAAAAGCUUCGGCAGGAGCAACUCCAACUAAAACGUCUAGUUCUAGGCAAAGAAACACUAUUGUAGCCAUUUCCUUUUCCUCCUCCUAUCAAUGUAUACAGAAAGAGACUCUCUCUGCAAUAGCGUGUGAUGCAAGUUUCCCCAUGGAAGGAGACUAUUUGUAACUAUAUGCUUUCUUAAACGUCUCUCGCUUUCUAUGAAUAGAGCUCUGGUAGUGGAAUUUGGAACAA